CCGCCUUCCCCGCUGCGGAUUGGCCCGGGACAGGACCCGUCGGUCGCGCUGGUGUCUGGGAAGGAGAGAAAAUGGCGGCGGAACCGAGCAAGACAGAAAUCCAGACUCUUUUCAAGCGGCUUCGCGGAAUUCCGACCAACAAGGCCUGCUUCGACUGUGGCGCCAAGAAUCCGAGUUGGGCCAGCAUCACGUAUGGUGUUUUCUUGUGCAUUGACUGUUCCGGGGUGCACCGCUCCCUGGGCGUCCAUCUCAGCUUCAUCAGGUCCACAGAGUUGGAUUCCAACUGGAACUGGUUCCAGCUGAGGUGUAUGCAGGUCGGCGGAAAUGCCAAUGCGACAGCUUUCUUCCGCCAACAUGGAUGUACAGCCAGUGAUGCCAACACGAAAUACAAUAGCCGAGCUGCCCAGAUGUACCGGGAAAAGAUCCGGCAGCUGGGGAGUGCAGCCCUGGCGAGGCAUGGCACUGAUCUUUGGAUAGACAAUAUGAGUAGUGCUGCCAGUCACUCCCCGGAGAAGAAGGACUCUGAUUUCUUCACGGAACACUCUCAACCCCCUGCCUGGAAAGUACCAGCCCCAGACCCAGCAGAGACGCAGCAGCUAGCCCCAUCUGCAGAGAUCAGUAGCCUGGCACAGCCGGAACAGGGCCCCAAUAUGGACCUGCUUGGCACCUCACCCAAAGCCUCUCUGGAACCGAGAACCUCCCUCAUUGGCAAGAAGAAGCCAGCUGGAGCUAAGAAAGGGCUGGGUGCCAAGAAAGGCCUGGGGGCCCAGAAGGUGAGCAGCCAGAGCUUCAGUGAGAUCGAGCGGCAGGCCCAGGUGGCGGAGAAGCUCCGUGAGCAGCAGGCAGCUGAUGCCAAGAAGCAGGCCGAGGAGUCCAUGGUUGCCUCUAUGCGCCUGGCCUACCAGGAGCUCCAAAUUGACCGUAAGAAGGAGGAGAAGAAGCUACAGAAUCUGGAAGGGAAGAAGCGAGAACAGGCAGAGAGGUUGGGCAUGGGCUUGGUGUCCCGCAGCUCCGUCUCUCACUCGGUGCUGUCUGAGAUGCAGGUGAUCGAACAGGAAACGCCCGUGAGUGCAAAAUCCUCCCGCUCGCAGCUCGACUUGUUUGAUGAUGUUGGUACUUUCGCCUCUGGACCCCCGAAGUACAAGGACAACCCCUUCUCCUUGGGGGAAAGUUUCAGUUCCCGGUGGGAUACAGAUGCUGCCUGGGGUAUGGACCGGAUGGAGGAGAAGGAGCCAGAAGUGACCAUCUCAAGCAUCCGGCCUAUUUCAGAAAGGGUCACAAACAGAAGGGAGGUGGAAAGCCGGAGUUCAGGCCUCGAGUCCAGCGAAGCGCGCCAGAAAUUUGCAGGAGCCAAAGCCAUCUCAUCGGACAUGUUCUUCGGGAGGGAGGUGGAUGCUGAGCACGAAGCCCGGUCUCGACUCCAGCAGCUCUCAGGAAGCAGUGCCAUCAGCUCUUCUGACCUCUUCGGGGACGUGGAUGGGACUCAUGGAGCAGGUAGCGUAUCUUUGGGCAACGUGCUCCCCACGGCGGACAUUGCCCAGUUUAAGCAGGGUGUCAAGUCUGUGGCCGGGAAGAUGGCCGUGCUGGCCAACGGUGUGAUGAACUCUUUGCAGGAUCGCUAUGGUUCCUACUGAUCCAGGCGCCACGGCUCAAGCAUCUGGUGGCAAUAGCUGCAAAACCCCCAUGAUUCCAAGACCAGGGGUGCUUGCCUUGUGGAAGCUGGGGAGGAAUUGUUACUUUAUGUGUUGUGUGUGAGUUGGGUGGCUUUUGAGUAUCUCGGGUGAGGGGGGGAUGGGCAGUUCCAGCCUUGACCUCUGCCUGUAGACUGAGCCCUGUAAUUCUCCUCCCCUCACACCCCUGGCCCAUGUGCUAGACACUGUCCUUUGAUCCUGCCCCCCCCACCCCCCAACCAAGCUGCUGCUCCCUUGUCUGGCCACACUGGGAGCGAGGGGAGGAGUUCCCUCAGGCGAGCUUCUGCUGGGUCCAUCCCUUCCCCAAGUAGGGAAAGUGAGACGUAUAAGGCUUUUUUGCCAGCUCUAGGAUCCUUCCAGGUUGUCCGGCGUUUGGCCCUCCUCCUCUGGAACCCGUGGGCAGGUCUAGAAAGAGUUCUGCUGUGGACCAGCCCCCAGGGGAGGGAGGCUCUGGACUUGCUGCUCUUGCUGCUCCAGUGGCCUCUUCUGCUGCCAGGAGAUGGCAGGGGAGGGGAAGGACCUUCGUCCGGGCUUUAUUAAGGGCUAGAAACUUGACCCAGUACCUAAAGGUUUUACUUGGGGUCAGACUGGAGGCCCGAGUGGUCGUGUCCUGUCUCACCACCCCUUUUUACAGUGAUCACUUGAGGGAUUCUUCUCCUGAGUGUCUCGGAGUCCUUCCAUCCCACCCGGUGUGGAGCACAGGCCCUUCUGUCCCUUCUUCCCCUGCUUGGUGGCCAUGCUGGGUCUCAUCUGCCCUGUGCCCUGCUCCGGGUGCUGUGAGCGUAAUGCUGGCCAAGGAAGCAGAGGGCAUGAGGGACAGAAACAGGCUUUGGGGGCUCAGCUUUCUUCUGUAUCAUCCUGGUCUUAAGGGGGGCCUGGGCAGCACCCCCCCAGUGAGAGCAUGAGGCACCGAAGAAUUGCAGGCCUUGUCCCCUGGCCAUGCACUCUGUCAUCCCCGGUGCCCUCUCCCCCUGCUGUGCUGCGUGUUUGGGCCCACCCUGCCCGCUGGGGGACGGGGGAUGGGCUCCUAAGCCACACAGACCAUUCUUCCCUUGCCCCCUCCCCCAAAGGGACUUGAUUUUCUUUCUGGACUGUUUGUAUUGAAACAGAGUGGUGUCAAAUAAAUCCUUGGCAGGGCCCUGGGCCGCUCUUGGUCUGA